AUGGAUACCACUCGUUACAGCUUCAACGUGCUAUGGUACGACCGUAUUGCUGACCAAGACAGGCCUUAUAUCCUCUCAUACUACCCAGACACGAGGGAGAUAGACAUGUACGAGGUCGCUACCAAGAGGGUGUUUCUUAAGAAAUGUCAGUAUCCGGAGUUCAACUUCGCAGACUGUCACGUAGGUGGUACGGUUACCAUCUACUCACGCCAGCUCAAGAUUGUGGGCUAUGCAAAUGACUUUACGUGCAAUGCCCUCUCCGCAGAAAAGGAAGCCACGUGUGCGAUCGUGAAGCCUCACGCGGUGGCUGAGAGCCCGAUCAUUAUUGCUGACGCGAUCAUCUCAGCAAUGCAACGCAAUCUCAGGAUCAGCAGAAUACGUAUGGUACGCUUCUCGGAGAACGAUGUGAACGCGUUUUACGAAGAACAUAUAGGAAAGGCCUUUUUCCCUAACUUAGCUGCGAUGGUCAUGGCGGGACCUGCAUGUGUGAUUGAGCUGAUAGGCCCAAACGCUAUAUUGGCCUGGAGAGAUAUAAUAGGGCCCACGGAUCCAUCCAAGUGCGAUCCAUCGAAGCACUUGCGCGCAAAAUAUGGUGUUGACGUUACCAGCAACGCGUUCCACGGGAGUGCAAGCAAGGGAGACGCAGACAGAGAGCUAGGCAUUGUAUUCAGGCUAUGUCCUGUCGCCGCAAUUGGCUGCAGAAAUAACUCGGUCAUGCUAAUCCAACCCAAGUUCAAGGACUAUGUUGGUCAUAUCCUUGUUGGCUUGGUUAAUUACAUCAGCAAGAUAUCGCCGGACAUUUAUAUUACCGGCAUCAACACGUGCAUCCCUACAGCAAACGAUCUUGCCGAGGUGAUGGCAGCAUACCAAGGGGUUAUACCGCGAUGGAGCGAGUACAUAGACGUAUUCAGUACAGGCCCCUGCAUUGCGCUCGAGGUAGCUACCCAUAGACCCCCAGAAGAAGUCAACAUGGUGGAGACGCUUCGUGCGUUUGCAGGACCGUUUGAACCUAAGAUUGCCACAUAUCUUGCUCCAGAGAGCGUUCGUGCCGUGUAUGGUACAGAUGCUAUCAAUAACUGUGUCUUUGUUACUGAUCUGCCAGAGGAAGCAGAGCUCCAUGCAGAUUUCUGGUUUAGGAUUAUGCCUUCAGCUGGGAAAAGAUAA